AUGCAGGAAGACCUUCAAAACGAGCCGCCGGGGCCGGCUGGCCACUCUCCAAUUCCACGCUCACCCAUCACCGAGCACGGCCACCAACUGCCUGCCUCCGCCGAUGAUCAAGAUGAAGAGAACGCCAUCGUCCUUGACCCCGCCAACUCGGAACGUCGCUACCAUCGGGAUCUUUGCAAGAACGGCGUGCAGCGAGAAGUCUGGCGGCCAGGUGACGGUGACGGCGCCAAAGCUGCGGAUUAUUUUGACAAGCCCGGCCCUGUGCCUCCACUAGAGCAGCGCUGGCGUUUCUAUCAGUCCAAAACCGGUAACGGCCCCAUCAAGCAGGGCGCCAACGAGCCACCCAAAUUCGUCAUCCUCGACGAUCGCGCCGUACACGACCUCAUCGAAUCCGACUUACCCCGUGCACAUCUGUCGAAAUGGUGGCCGCACGACUUUGCGAACCAAGGCAAAAUUCGCGUCAAGCGGCCUCAUCGCGGCCGCGGGGCCAUUGGUGAUCCAGACGCAGAGGGAGACGACAAGUACUACUUUGAGAAGCACGGGACGAAAGACGAGAAAUACUACUUCACUGGCGAACCGGGCUACCGCCCUAUCGUUUACAUCAGCUCUGAGCCAGAGCCCCCUGCGCCUUCUGAACAGGAUAUCCAGCAGCAGUUAGAGGCCCGCAAGCGCAAGGUCCAAGGUCACAAUCAAUACACCCCCCUGGAUCAGCUAGUGAAGUAUGGCGCUCUCGGCCUCGGGCACUCUCCUCGGCCCACGAAGAGAAUCAACGCCUUCCUGCGACGCGACCCCAGUCCUCAGCGGCCCUUUGACAAAGCGAGACUCUUCGGUCAAGCUCCCCAGCACGCCGCUGUACAAUUGCCAAAGCCGCGCGUGCAGCGUCGAGAUUUCCACAAUCGACACCACAUUCCUUCCGACGAAGACGAAGAGGACGGCAUGUGGGUUCUGCCCGACGACCCGGUUGCUCGCAAGAAGCGAAAGAGAGAUAUGGAGUACCAGAUGGUCGACCCUACCGCACCAGAAGAUGAUCUCAUCUCUUCGUCGCGCAACACUUCAGUAGAGAGGCUGGAGUCGACGGGAGCAGACACGUCGCAACACCUCCGUCACAAAGUUCGCGCGCAACGGCCAGACUUUUUCGCUCAGCUUCUCGCCACUCAAAUUGAGGACAGUGUGGCUCGUGAUUCGCCGCUUGAUGGAGCGAUUCAGAACGCACUUCCUCUCAAAGCGGAUAGUGGGUCCUAUGCUGUCCAACUUGAGGCGGAGCUCGAAGGAGCGAAGAAGAGGAUUGCAGAGCAGGAUGCGCAGAUUGCGGAGCUGAAGCGCUUGCGCGACCAGGCUGAGGACAAGAUUACGGCGCUCGAGGAGGAGAUUUUGAUGUGGACUGGGGGUUUCACCGAGAUGACGACUGGACAUGAACAUACUGAGGCUCAUCUGGCGGAUGGCGAGAAGUACGAUGAGUGGUGA